AUGGCUGCCAUACAUCCUCCAUCCGAUCCCAACGAAUUUCCAACAACUGAAAUCAAUCGGGGCGUCUUAAGAACCAUAAUCGCUGCGAGACAAUGUUCCGAAUCGAAACUUGGUAUAAAUAGUGUUUCCUAUUGGAAAACUGGAUUAUUGAUGAUGGCCUCAACGAAUGAUGAUUCAAUCUUGUUGUUUGAUUUGGAAGGAAAGCAAAAACCAAAAGAUGUUAUGUGCAAAAAAUAUGGGGUUGCCAACACGAUUUUUGCGAAUGAUACAAAGUUUGCACUUCAUAGUAGCACAAAAAAAGAUCGUAAGUUUUAAUUUUUUAUUGGUUUUUAAAGAAAGAAAAUUGAAUUUCAGAUGCAAUUCGAUAUAUUUCACUGGAAACCAAGAGUUAUAUUCAUUAUUUUCCUGGUCAUUCCGAAAAUGUGACUGGUUUGAGUAUUGCUGACGGCAAAACCCUCUUUCUAUCAUCAUCAAUCGAUAAAACAAUUCGUCUCUGGGAUAUUCGAAGUUUAUCUUGUCCAGGAGUUAUGGAAACCAAAGGCCAAGCAGUUGCACAAUUCGAUCCGGAAGGUUUAAUCUUUGCGGCGGCGUUCAGAAACUCCGCGACGAUAAAACUAUAUGAUUUACGAAAUUUCAAGCAUGGACCAUUUUUGAGUUUUGCUUUACCUGAAGAUUUGACAAAUGUUGAAUGGAGAUCGGUGAGAUUUUCACAAGAGGGAAGAUUGAUGUUGAUUUGUACGAAUUCCAAUAAAUUGGUGUUGUUGGAUGCGAGAACUGGAGCGGUUCAAUGGAUUUUGGAAGCACAUAAGAAUGAUGCGGUGAGUUUUUUGGGGGAUUUUUAGGGAAAUUUCAUUUUCAUUGAAAAUCAGAGUUUUGUUUGGAGAAAUUUUGAAAAAAAACUUUCUUUGAAGAAUUCGAGUAUGAAACAGAUUUAUUGAAUUUUUGAAAAACCGUGAAAGAUUUUCACAAUUUUUUGAAACGUAUAAUUUUUGGCUAAAAUUAUAGAUAUAAAAAAAUUAGUUAGGAUAACUCUGCCCCGCGUAAGCGGCACUAUCUUCUGCUUUAGCGGCCACGUGGUAUGUUAUGACGCAGAAUUUCAAUGUUUUUGGUACGGUUAUAUCAUACUACGUGUCCGCCAACGCGGAAGCUUGCGGAAACCUCCUCUCAACUCUCUGUCUUCUUCCAGAAUCUCCCAUUAGUCGCCUCAUUUUCACCGGAUUCCAAAUAUGUUUUCGUUGGAAGUUCGGAUAAAUUGAUCUACGCCUAUUGUACAACAACAGGAAAAACAGUUUGUAAAUAUCAUACACCGCAUUCUGCCACACCAACAAUCGUUGAAUGGAAUCCCGUUUUUCUCUCCUUCAUUUCGGCCGAAAAAUCGAUGGUUCUUUGGAAUCCGGAAUCUGAAGAUAGAGUUGUUGAAUGCCAGACACCAAUUUAUUGA